AUGGACUGGGCCCAUCUAGAAUGGAAUGUCGAGACCGCAGAGAAGCUGUUCCCAACUACAGAGUGGGAAGUGCAAUGGCAAGAUGUGCACCUACGCUAUGAACGGGAACUAGCUGACGGUGAAAGGGCCUGGGAUAUGACCCGGAAGAUUGGACACCGAAUGCCCAACUCGCUACACUGCGGUAUUGACACCCCGCUGCUAGACUAUAGCGGACCACGUGUUGAGCCCGCUGACCUCAAGACACUGGGGAGCUGGGGGCUGAUGGCAAACGGGGGGUUUUAUACAUAUCCCCACUACGAUGUGAAUGGUGAGGCAACAUGGGUGAGCCCCACAUGCGGGGGGAAGAUAUGGACCUUGUUUCGUGCCCAUGAGCAGGCUGAUGUUGGGAAGGCGCGUAAGGCCAUGCUCAAGUUCGCGACGAUGAAGCACGACAACAUGCCAGAAGCCAUCAUGGAUGAGUUUGACGUUGGCACGCUUUUCCUCCUACCUGGGACAGUCCUAAUUCAAUGUCCUGGCACAUUCCACUGCGUGUACACGCCAGUGAAGACCAUUGCUAUCGGGGGGCAUUUCCUGAACUGGGACUGUCUACACCACACAGCAAUGACUCGCUUGGUGGAGAUCGGUGCGAAAGAGGAUGGCACGAAUGCUGUCCACACAUCUGUGUUUCGGGAACUUGCCCGCAUGGUCAUGUCUCUGACAGUUUCCAGCAUCCUCGCUUCAAGUGAGUGA